CGAACCACGUGGUCGCGUACGACGCAUGCGCGGCACGUGCAUCCGAGUCUAACCUCGCUAACUAUGAAUGUACCGUCAUUCUUCGCGACUGAUCCGCGAACGUCAUAUCCUCGAGAUCGCUACGUCAAAUAUCGGGUGUAAUUGCGACCGAUUGAACGCGGAUAUAUCGCGUACGCGUAAUUUUCGUAACAAAGUAAAUUCGGCGAACGAACGAAGCGGCAGAAGAAAGGAAAUCCGCUCUGUCGCGGUGGCAGUAGGGGAGAGACGGGUGACCACCGAGCCUACUUACUCUAUACUCUGGUUCGGUGCAGCCCCAUUAAGAAACGAUCGACGCACGCGAUCACAUGUCGGCGCGCGCGUAACGUGCGCGUAUUCCAUUCCGUACGGUUCGUUAACGCGAACAUCAGAUCAGUGUCUUCGUGACGGACGAUAUCCUAGUAUCGUACGUCGUAUCGGCAACGCAACGUGUUGGCGGACAGUGGUGCGAGGUAGAAAAAGGAAGAGAGAGAGGGAGAAAGAAAGGAACGCGAGAAGAAAGUAUCGCGCGACGUCGUGACGGCGGAUCGGAGCGCGCUUACGAGCGAGUAGCUCUCCUUCCUCGCGAUCAUGGAUAAAGACGAGUACGAGAGCCUACCGACCAAUUCCGUGGUCGUGCACAUGACGGCCGGUGCCCUGGCCGGGAUCAUGGAGCAUUGCGUCAUGUAUCCGUUUGACAGCGUGAAGACAAGAAUGCAAGCGUUAAUUCCUGGCCCAGGAGGAGGAGGAGGAGUGGGGGAAGUAUUGUAUAGAAUGAUACAACAAGAAGGUGUAUUAAGGCCAAUUAGAGGUGUAAGUGCAGUGGUCGCCGGAGCUGGACCCGCGCAUGCUUUAUACUUUUCUUGUUACGAGUGUCUUAAAGAAAAAUUCAAGAGUACGAGGUCCCAAUUUAAUCAUCUUGUCUAUGGAGCGGCUGGUUGUGUAGCAACAAUUUUACAUGAUGGUGUCAUGAAUCCGGCAGAAGUUGUGAAACAGCGAUUGCAGAUGUAUAAUUCUCCCUAUAGAAAUGUAUUAAAUUGUAUACAACAUAUAUACCAGAAAGAAGGAAUAUUUGCAUUCUACAGAAGUUACACGACUCAAUUGGCUAUGAAUGUGCCUUUUCAAAGUAUUCAUUUCAUUUCGUAUGAAUUUGUACAAUCCAUUACAAACCCAGAGCAUGUUUACAAUCCAAUAGCACAUAUCGGAUCUGGUGCGGCAGCAGGUGGGAUCGCGGCUGCGGCGACAACUCCUCUAGACGUUUGCAAAACGGUGUUGAACACUCAGCAAGACGGCGUGCAGGCUCAGGGUUUGAUGGAUGCAUUUAGACAAGUCUACAGGCAUGGCGGUAUACAGGGAUACUUCCGUGGAUUACGCGCACGUGUUUUAUUCCAAGCACCAGCUACUGCCAUUUGUUGGGUGAUAUACGAAUCAUUUAAAUACGUGUUACGUGGCAAGCAAGAUGACGAGUACGCUGACUCCGACGCCGAUAGUGGUACGACUGGAAUUAAUCAAAAUCCGACAUCGAGAUCUAACAGCUUUCAAGGAACAGGUCUGUACUUUAACAACCACGCUACAUCACCUGUAUUACUUAAAGUGACUACGAGUUAGGUAUAUAAGAGAAAUCACAUUAUUGAUCGAUUAAGAGAGAGAGAGCUGUUUCAUUACCCGAAAAAGUUGAUGAUAGAAAUCUCUUCUUUUCUUUAUGAGAGUUCGGCAACAAUGAAUAACAAAGAUACUUGAUAAAGAUAUUUCGUUGAUUGAUAUUUUAUUGAUUCCUAUAUUAUUACAGCAGCAUUUUUAUAAAAGUCGCAAAGAAAAAAAAUAUGAUGCUAAAAAAAGACAAUAUUACGCAAAAGCAUCGAAUAUGUAUAUAUUAAGUUAAUAUAUGCCAAUAAACUUGUUGAAUGAUUGCACAAAAUGAUCGCUUCGUGUAACGGCGUAAUAAACCUUUUUAUUUUAUUUCUUGAUUCCUUUAAGUAUCGAACGAGAACAAUUAAUUUUAAAAAACAGAACUCAAAUGCAAAAUAGAAAAA